AUUUACUUCAUUCACAUCAGUUCAGCUGAUAAGUGGUCGGCUUUAAGUAUCGCUCGCACAAUAAACAGUAUUUGUCACAACUCCUAGAAGACGUGGUUGUUCCUUUUGCUAUUACGAAGAUGUGGUGGAUUACAAUAGCUGUGUUGCUGUUUUCUGUUAUUGCGUGGUUCGUGUUAAAAUCACUUUACCCCGGUGCUCCGCCGCAACUGGACCAAGAAGAAUGGUGGGGACCCAACGAUUUAAAAGGAAAACAGGACACAACUAUUCGACCGUUCCAGAUCAAGUUUUCUGAACAGAUGAUUAACGACCUGAAACAGCGUCUCAAGAAUCUUCGGCAGCCGGUGCCUCCUCUGGAAGACCAAGCAUUCAAGUACGGCUUCAACAGUAACCAGUUGUCGUGUUGGAUAAAGUACUGGGCGGAUGAAUACCCUUUCGCUGAGAGGGAGAACUUCUUAAACCAAUACCCACAGUUCAAAACUAAUAUACAGGGAUUGGAUGUGCAUUUCAUUAGAGUUACACCUGAGGUACCACCAACUGUGACAGUUGUACCUUUACUACUGGUGCACGGCUGGCCAGGGUCAGUUAGAGAGUUCUACGAGGCCAUCCCACUUCUGACCAAACCACUCGAAGGCGCUGACUUUGCUUUCGAGCUUAUCAUCCCGAGUUUGCCGGGUUAUGGGUUUUCUGAUGCACCAGUUCGCCCCGGCCUGGGACCAGCUAAGAUAGCCGUGGUCUUCAAGAACCUGAUGGCCAGGCUCGGCUUCACCAAGUACUACGUCCAAGGUGGUGACUGGGGCUCCAUCGUGGUGGCAGCGAUGGCCACCAUGUUCCCGGAACACGUUCUGGGUCAACAUUCUAAUAUGCUGUUUGUUUCUAAUAAUUGUGCGAAGUUUAAGAUUCUUUUGGGGGCUGUAUUGCCAUCUCUGGUAAUAGAAUCUGAUGUGGCCCACCGCAUAUACCCGCUGACUUCAUACUUCGCUCACUUGGUCUUGGAGCUAGGCUAUAUGCAUUUACAAGCAACCAAGCCAGACACAAUUGGAGUGGCUCUUACUGACUCUCCUACUGGUCUACUCGCUUAUAUCCUAGAGAAGUUCUCAUCAUGGACCAGAUGGGAGAACCGUUCAGCACAAGACGGUGGCCUGAGUUCCUUUACCAGAGAACAGCUUGUGGAUAAUCUGAUGAUGUACUGGAGUAGCAACAGCAUCACGACAUCCAUGAGGCUGUACGCAGCAGCCUUCAACCAAAAAAGUGGAGUGGAUUUGGAUAGAUAUCCAUCAAAUGUUCCUGUCUGGGCUCUCCAAGUAGAAAACGAGAUAUUCUACCAGCCUCCCAGUGUACUCCGUACCAAGUACACCAACCUGUUAGGAGUGACAGUCCUCAAGAAUGGGGGUCACUUUAUUGCUCUUGAGUUACCCGAAAUAUUUGCAAAGGAUGUAUUUAAAGCAGUUAAGGCUUUCAGGGAGUGGUAUCAGAAGAAUAAAUGAAGUCGUUAAGAAUUAAAGUGUAUUUUCCAA